UUUUCCCUGCGGCCACGAGCAGCCGUGCCCUCCGAUCCAGGCGCAGGCCUGAGCUGGAUCGCAUCGCGAAGCCGGAUCAGAUCGGAAACGGACCAGACCGCCAACGAGUCGUCCCAGAUCGAAUCGAGAUCUGGCGAGUCGAAUCCCAUCGGUCUGCUAAGCCCAGGUCCCCUGAGGGCCUGGCGGAAUGGGCUCGGGCGAGCGAUGCAAGCGCCACCUGCUGGGGCCAGAAGCUGGGAGGAGGAGGAGGGGGAGGAGAAGGAGGAGGAGGAGAAGGGAGGAGUGAGGAAGAAUGCGAGCACCGUGUCCUCGCUGAAGUGGCGGCGUGUCAGAAGGUGAAAACAAUAAACCUGCUGCAAAUCGCCUCCGCUUCUGUGCCUGCCUUGGCAAAGCGCCACUUCCAGGAGUCUGUACUGCUCCGUGGUCCAUGGUCCAGCAUGAAGCGGUGGCCGAAAAACUUCUAAAAAGGACUCGGCACGACUUAGAAAACAGACAGCACCGAUGUCUCGCAGCGGCUCCUGGCGCAUGCAGAAGAAAUGCCGCGGCGCAUCUCAGUAUCGAUCAUCUCUUCCUCUCUCCGCUCCGCCCUGCUGCGUGCAGAGACGGCCUCGGUCGCGCCAUGCUGCGAGGAGGCUCUCGCGCCACAGCCAGCAGCUGCGGAUUCGGGAGCGCGGGCGCGGACAUGCAGCAACACGCCGUCGAGGGCGCUGCAGGCGGGCGCUUUCCGCGCCGAGGUGUGAAACAGGAGACAGCACAGUGCGAGAGAAGCAGGCGCAUCCAAUUCUCUGGGGAAGGGGCAACUGUUGCCAUGAAGAAGCGGGGGAGCCCCCGGGGCGCUCCACCAGA